AUGACUUCGUCCAUCAAACAUAGGGGUAAUAACAAGACCUACGAGUUUGAGUUUCCACCUUCAGAUGCUCCUAUUGAAGAGCUCAAUGAGUUUUAUUGGUCUCAUGAUGCUGAGCCCCAUGUGCUUCGUCGUAAGCAAAUCUUACAAAAGUAUCCUGAAGUGCGCAAGUUAACAGGUUGGGAACCUUCAACGAAAUGGUACGUAUUGGGUAUAGUUGCUCUUCAGUUCAGUGCAGCUUGGUAUUUGAGAAACACCUAUCCCUUAUCAUGGAAGUUCUUUGGUGUUGCUUAUGUUGUUGGAGCUACUGCCAACCAAGCUGUUUUCCUUGCUAUCCAUGAGUUGAGCCAUAAUUUACUCUUCAAGAAACCAAUUCACAAUAAGUUGUUUGCCAUAUUUACGAAUUUACCCAUUGGUAUUCCUUAUUCAGCUUCAUUCCAACCUUAUCACCAGUUACACCAUAAGUUUAUGGGAGAUGAAUACUUGGAUACCGAUUUACCCACUCGGCUUGAAGCAAUAAUUCUCUCCAAUAUUUUGGGGAAACUGUUCUUUGCUGUGUUCCAAAUCUUCUUUUACGCUUUAAGACCAAUGUUCGUCACCCAAAUUAAGUUUACUUAUAUUCAUUUGGUUAACAUCGUGAUACAAUUGGCAGUUGAUUAUUGGAUGAUUACUUCUUGGGGAUGGAAGCUGUAUUGCUAUUUUCUCAUGUCUUCGUUUCUUGCUGGUUCCUUACAUCCUUGUGCUGGACAUUUUAUUGCUGAACAUUAUGUUCUUAAUGAGAACAACAAACCUAAAAAGGCCCUUGAGUCUAAAUCGGAAGGUAACAUCGAUAUCGUGCCUGCUGAAACAUAUUCCUAUUAUGGUCCUUUAAAUGCUUUAACAUGGAAUGUUGGAUAUCAUAAUGAACACCAUGAUUUCCCUUACAUUGCCUGGACAAAGUUGCCUGAAUUAAGACGCAUAGCCUCUGAAUUCUACGAUCCUUUACCCCAGAUUGACUCGUGGGUUGGUGUUCUAUGGUGGUUUGUGUUUAGUGACUGCAACAAGCUCUGGAACAGAGUUAAGAGAACAGGCAAGGAAAAGAAUGGGGCUAAAAUUAAGAAUGUUGAUAGAAACCAGGAAUAA